GGACCUGCACUGUCCAUUUCAUACUAGCAAAGAAUUUCGUUUACCACCCCACAAUUCAUGUGAAAUACCUCAUGCAUAUAUAAAUUACGGUCGUCUAUACCCACAUCAUUGAGUGCCGCACACGACAGGCCCGACACGUCACGCUCUGUUACUCACCAGUCAUGUCUUCUAGUCCACCAGACAGAGGGAUUCCUACCCCCUCAGUCGAUCUUGCCUAUAUCGACGACGAUGAAAAUGCAGUCGAGGAGAAACUUCAGUCCUCUCUCUCGGAUUUGGAGAGGACAGGCGGAGCACCAGGCUGGCUUGCCAGCAAAUUGCUUUCUGCCGGAGAUUGGGUUGAACGAGAGGUCGAGGAACGGCGACAAAUGAUUGGGGGUAUUGAUAAUCUUUGGUUGCUAUUGAGGGAGGCUACCUCCGACUUCAAUCCGGUUUGUGCAUGCACAUACGUUCUGCGAGGAAAGAUCUCAGUGGAAAUGCUUCAACAUGCUAUGAUCCGUACGGACAAGAAGUUUCCUAAGUAUCAUCAGAGACUGACCUCGGUCGGUCGCAAGUUCCACGGCGCACGGUUUGAGGAUGAUCCAAACUUUGAUAUGAAUAAUCACAUCCUUAUGGCACAACUUCCUGAACCGGCGGGCAGGCGCGAACUUGAUGACUUCAUGGGUAAGUUUAUUGCGCAAGAUUGGGACUUCACCAGACCACUGUGGGAAAUGAUAAUCCUUGAGAACUAUCACGAUGAAGAUGGUGGAGAGUGCGCGAUAGUAUCUAGAGGACAUCAUACGCUUGCCGAUGGACAAGGAUUCGUCAUAAGCCAGCUUUAUAUGACAUCUUAUCACGAUGAACUCAGAAAGGCCAUGAACAACGGUGCUCACACUUUAUAUGCAGCCAAGCGCGGAAACCUCCUCCCUUCAAAAGUGCACCCAAUACUCCGACCUCUCGAUCCCUACACAGAUCCUUCGAACGUCCUCAUAGCACCUCUUAUCCAGAUUUUCCUCGCCUCGCUCUUCUGGAUCGUUUACGCUUUGUCGCUCCCCGUAUCCUUCUUCUUCAGUGUCUACCAAGCUGUAAUUCAAAUAACGAUGUUUCUACUUACAUGUUGGCGCGUGGAGAUGCUCACGGCUCCUCAGCAUGGCCAACGGGUACAUGAAAGGGAGUAUUCGAGUUCCAAGGUUGUCGAUCUGAACGAUAUUCGACUCUGCCAAGACGCGUUCUCUGGAUUGUAUCCUGGAAGUGCGGUGGAGAAGGAUAAGGGAGGUCAGGAUAAAGUCAGGCAUGUCACGUUGAAUGACGUGAUGUGUUCUGUGAUGGUCGAUGUACUCGCCGCGGAGAUUAUUUCAAAACCACAGGACAACAGUAUCUCAGGACGGAUGAAGAAGGUGCUCACGAAGUUUUUACCAUCGCCAAUUGGAUUCUUCAUUCCGAUCAGCGUACGAAAGCCUGGGGAUUGGUCGCUGCGGAAUCUCACAACCGGCUCGAUAGUGUACUUGAAUCCAAUGCCUCCAGACGCUAGUAUUUCUCCGAAGAUGCUUUAUGAUCACAUACACCAAUGUCGGUCGGCACUCUCAUUACUCAAACACAGUCUUAUUCCCCGCAUCGUUUUCUACAUCAUGCAAGUCACUGGUCAGGUUCCGACCCUUUGGCCGGUACCGUUUGGGCUUUUGAACAGUUCGAAGAACUUCGUGAGGAAGUGGGUACUGGUGCCGUUGAUUGAGUCUUCGUUGCGAUCAUUUCCUGUAAUACUGACGAAUGUACCCGGACCAGCAAAGAACACCAUCACAUUGGAAGGUGUUGAGGUGAUGCGCUGGGCGGCACUCCCACCGCAAAGCGGCACAGGUACCAUUGGAAUGGGAAUUAUCUCAUAUGCGGGCGGACUUUGUAUCUCGGUUGCAGCGGACAAAGUACCCGCAUCAGAAGGUGUAGCGAGGCGGAUAUGCGAACGUUUUGAGAGAAGGUUUGAUUACUAUGUAAGAUGUGCGAAGGAGGUGGUUGAGCAUCGGGAUUGAUGUACGGUAUUUAAUACGCUCUUUACCCUCGCCGGCUCACUGAUCCAACAAAUUCAUUUAUAGAUAUGAUACCAUGUCACGGACAAGUUAUACUAUUUGAAUAUACUGCUAUAAUCUCUACGUGAUCACUCAAUUUGUGGAAGUUUUCUUUAUACAAAUCACUGAUAUUUGGCCCCUCUCACUUACAACUGCAGCUCAUAAUACUCGCAGCUCCAUGUUGUCGCUCCUAUGAUACCCUCCGAUUUGGCCAAAUUGUAUCCUGCAGACGAGUACGAAAAAAUCUCGAGCUCAUGCCAGAAGUC